AUGGGCAACUUGAGGGGGAUUCGGCUGGCGAUUGUGCCACUGCUUGCACUUCUUGUCACAUCUCUUCACGCUUACCAAGAAGAUUGGUCGACGGCCCGGAUAAUCGACGAACCGGAAUUCUUAACGCCCAUACACAACCUGACAAUACCUGUGGGACGAGAGGCAAUUCUAUCGUGCACAGUCAGUAAUCUUGGAAGAUACAAGGUUGCCUGGGUUCGGGCCGAAGAUCAGACCAUUCUCAGUCUCCACACGAAGGUGGUAACUCACAACUCCCGCAUCAGCGUGACUCACGAUAAUUUGCGUACGUGGCAGCUCCGCAUCAGACAACUCAAGGAGUCGGACCGCGGCUGCUACAUGUGCCAGAUAAACACGAGCAUUAUGAAAAUACAGAAGGGAUGUCUCGACGUUUACGUUCCUCCAGACAUCAUUAACGACGACACAAGUGGCGACCUGUCGGUAUCAGAGGGAGAGAAUGCCACCCUAUGGUGCAGGGCGACAGGUCAUCCUACGCCCCGUAUUGCCUGGCGGAGGGAGGACGGACAACCGAUUAUCAUCCGACGGGGUGCCAGAGAAACCAUCAAAGUCGAAAGCUACAACGCAACAAAUUUACAUUUUUGGAGACUGGAUAGGAAGCAAAUGGGAGCUUAUUUAUGUAUAGCCAGUAAUGAUGUGCCACCAGCAGUGAGCAAACGGAUAGCAUUAAAUGUAAACUUUGCUCCUGUAAUUAAGGUUCCAAAUCAACUACUUGGAGCGCCUUUAAAUACAGAUGUCCAAUUGGAAUGUUACGUAGAAGCAUUUCCAAACACAAUAAAUUAUUGGGUCAAAAAUAGAGGAGAAAUGCUUCUGAACGGGACCAAAUACACCAUCAGAGAAGACCGUAGUGGAUAUAAAGUAUUCAUGUGGUUGAUUAUAAGAGGUUUCUCAGCUUCGGACAUAGGGACCUACAACUGUGUUUCGACAAAUUCGUUGGGAAGGGCGGAAGGCACCUUGCGUCUUUAUGAAAUAAAAGUAGGACCAGGUGGUCCGCAUGAUAACCAUGUCACAAUAGUAGGAGGAUUGGCCGAGCCAGCCCGAGGUCACCGGUCAAGAGGAAACGACGCGUUUUCAUCGGCGGUACUGGCUCGUCCCCUGCUCCUCGCCCUGAUAUCGGGCUCGCUCUUGUGCUCAGUGGCAAUCCGGUGACGCCAUUAGUGUAACCGCAAGAUUGAUGAAGAAUUUACCUGUUCGACAGCCAAAUGAACUGAGCGCCGAGACGCGUACCAACUACCAAAUCAGCCCAGUGUUUUGGUGCAUUACCAGAAACUCAAUAACAUCACAUCCAUCCAUCAUUCGAAAGAAAAACUGGCUUUCAGCCACGUGAAAGAACCGCCGCGAAGUCGCUAAUAAGACGUGACAGUGCAACGUUCGAUUUGCACCCGGCCCAUUUUUCAAAUUCGUAUCCAUCAACGUGAUUUCAAUGAGGAUAUUUCUAGUGAAGAUUGAUUCACGUCUAUACAUGUGCUAUCAGUUUGGCAUGUUAUGUACAAUUCUUAAUGAAAAUGGUGGAAAAUUUUUCUUACAUUGUACUUCACCAUCAAUUCUUGAGUGGAAUUACUAAUACUACAAUUAACGUAUUCGCGUAUAAUAAACAAAAUGAUAAUUUAAACAUUAUCCAAGCUCUUGCCACAUGUAUAUUCACGUCGUGUAUAAACUUAAAAAUUUGUAAAAAGCCUUUUUAUAAAACGAUAUUUUUAAUAAGUCGAAGUAAAAUUGAUUUAAAUAUCAA